GAUAGUUAAAUGUUUAUGAACAAUGGGCUACAUGAACGGUCGUCUGUUGUCAGUUGUGCCUACUGGUAUACAUGUUUUCUGUUCUGUGCUUACAUGCAUGAAAAUAUAUCUUCAAGAUUCAGUAACGAGCUCACAAAACUAUUCAUACAUCCAUGGAGGCAGUAAAGCAGGAAUAACUAAAUGUCAUAAACAGUAAAUCCACUAGGGGCCGCUGCAGACUGUCGUUAGGUGGCAUUUUCACUACAUCCAAGCCAGCAGGGGGCAGCAAAGAACUUCUGUUACAGACUGAAUCCCAAAUAGAUUGUUUAUAGUGCACUUCAUAGUGUGUAGAAACCCUUAGAGUAAUUCAUACCUGAUGUAGAGAACUGUUUUUUUUAGGAAGUAGGGAGCUAUUUGGGAUUUAGCCUGUGGCAAACACAUCUACGACGUCUGUAAGGCAAGAAUUUAAAAACAAGGCAGAAGUUUAACUUGAUAUUCUAGUUGAAGUAUUAUAACCAGUAACGGUCAAAUGGAUUUUCCAAAACUGCCACCUCAUGAUGGACCGUUGUUGUCUGUGGUUGAUAUGCACACUGGAGGAGAACCUUUACGCGUCAUCGUAAGUGGGUUCCCUACUGUGAGUGGGGACACUGUACUCACCAAACGGCGGUACGUACGAGACCAUCUCGAUCAUCUUCGCAAAGUGCUAAUGUUCGAGCCCCGUGGCCACUAUGAUAUGUACGGAGCUUUAUUAGUUGAAAGUGAGAUACCAGAAGCAGAUCUCGGGGUUCUGUUUAUGCACAACGAGGGUUACAGCACCAUGUGUGGCCAUGCUGUCAUUGCUCUUGGCCGUUUUGCUGUAGACUACAGUUUGGUAAAGACUCCAACUUCUCCCGAGACCCAAAUAAACAUCCACUGUCCGUGCGGCCUGGUGAAGGCUUUUGUGGAGUAUAGCAAUGGUAAAACGGGAGCAGUGAGGUUCCACAGCGUCCCAGCUUUUGCUUUCGCCACAGAUGUGAAAGUCACUGUUCCAGGAUAUGGUGAAAUCACAGUGGACAUAAGCUAUGGAGGAGCUCUCUAUGCUUUUGUGAAUGCUGAAAUAUUUGGACUGGAUGUCAAUACAUCCAGAACCAGAGAUUUGGUGGAUGCAGCCACUGCUGUAACGAAUGCAGUCAAAUCUCAGGUGAAGCUCCACCAUCCUGUUAGUGAAGAUCUGGCUUUCCUAUAUGGCACCAUCCUCACGGAUGGUAAAGAUGAUUUCUCCGAAGAGCCUACAGCCAAUGUGUGUGUGUUUGCCGAUGCCCAGGUGGACAGGAGCCCCACUGGCUCAGGUGUGACUGCACGCAUUGCUCUGCAGUACCACAAAGGUCUGAUCCAGCUGAACAAGACCAGGAGCUUCAGGAGCGGAACCACAGGAACUACAUUUACAGGCAAGGCAGUACAGGAGACCACGUGUGGGGAGUUCAGUGCAGUGGUGGUGGAGGUUGCCGGUCAUGCUUACUACAGUGGUACGGCCAGUUUUACUGUGGAGAAUGAGGAUCCCCUGAAGAAUGGCUUCCUCCUCCGAUGAGCCUGCCUAAAUGCUAAAACAGAGAUCUAACAAGCUGGACUAAGUAAAAAAAUCUGUUGUUAUCAUGGCAGUGCAUUUCCGUGUUUCAUGAUUGCUCAUAACUGCUGGGAUGCACGUUAGCGCUGUUUUAUAUUUCCUUUGUCAGAAGAUGGCAAUUACAUAUUGUAACAGUUAAAUUGUGCACAAGUUGGACAGAACAAGGCUUGCUAACUCAUUACACAUUGAAUCCUUUUGCAACUCUUUAAUUAGUUCACGUAUCCGCUGUUUCCAUGUUUGUGGAGAAAUUUAUUUAAUAUUUACAGAAGGAAUCUCAUGAGUCUGCUACGGAGGAAUUUGCACUUUCUGCUUUCUCAGCAACAUGACAAGAAGAUUUUUUCUUCUUACUGACUUUAUGAAAGUGAUGUUGGCUAGAAGAGGAUUAAAACACUUCAGGACAUGUGAAUAACACCACCCCACCCCAGUGUUGAUUACUUUCCUAUGACAGUUGAAAAUUUGAAAAAUUGAAAAUCUGUCAGUUCUAAUGGAUUUUAAUAUUCAACAGCUGUUUGAUUAUUUGUUGAAGUAUGUUAAAUUCCUAACCAGAGGGUUUUUUUUUGUUCUCUUUUUAACAGGUACAUCCGUUGACCACUAGGUUUAGCAAGAGUUAUUCAAUCUGAAGGUUAAAACUUCAUACUAGUUGAAUUUUAUCGUUCAGAGGUGAUGUUGAAUUGCACACUGUUUAGCAUUUAAAUAGGCAAUAGUGUGUUGCCCAUUUUGGAAAACAUUUAUACUCAACAGAAAAUAUUACAUUUUUCCCCCAUUUAUUCUCCUUUAAGCUCCAUCUUACAAUGGAAGGCUUUUUUUUUUUUUUUUUAAAUUACAAAUGUUCAAGGUAGGCAUAUCACAUUGUCACAACAUACACUGUGGAUAAAAAUACUGGAAUAUAUCCAGUGAUGAAGGAAGAGCUGAGGGAGAGUCUCUUGCAUUGAUUUACUUACUGGUACGUUUCUUUUUAAAUAAGCCUACAGAUUUCACAUGACAGUCUGCAAAGUGUCUGACGAAAGAUCCAAUAACAUCACUGCAUAGAAUCUGCACAAAGGAGCAUCCACAGUGUUUGAAACGACGUGGGCCUGGGCUCCACUCCUUAUCUAAAACUUAACUUUAAAAAUGAUCUUCAGCCAGCCUGUGUCUGAUAUCCAAUGCU